AUGUCUGCUUCGGAUCAGAGGUCAACAAAUAAUUUAUUUCAAGGGGCUGCAGUUCCUGAAGAUAGCUUAUUCCCCGUUACAGACAUAGCUGUUCCCGUUGCGGAUACUACUGUUCCUGUUGUGGAUACUACUGUUCCUGAUGCUACUGUUCCCGUUGCGGAUGAUGCUGGUGCUGAUGCUGCCGUUCCCGUUGCGGAUGAUGCUGGUGCUGAUGCUGCCGUUCCCGUUGCGGAUGAUGCUGGUGUUGAUGCUGCCGUUCCCGUUGCGGAUGAUGCUGGUGUUGAUGCUGCCGUUCCCGUUGCGGAUGAUGCUGGUGUUGAUGCUACUGUUCCUGCUGCGGAUGUUGCUGCUGACCCUGGUGCAGAUGCCGGCGUAGACGCCGGUGCAGAUGAUGCAAAUGAUGCAAAUAUAGAUGACGCCGAUGCUUGUGCAGCUGGCGGUACAGAUACCGACGCAGAUGAUGCUAUUGCUGACGCUACAGAUGCAAAUGGUGAUGCUACUGAUGCCGGUGCGGAUGCUGAUCCAGGUGCAAUUGCUACUGGCGUGGGUGCUAUUAAUGACGCCGGCACGGGUGAAUCUGACGGUGGUGCUGAUGCUACUAAUACCUGCGCGGGUGCAUUUUUUGCAGAAUUGACGAGUGAUAAGUUGCCAAGUGCUGCAAUCGAAGCAAAAGUCAAAAAUUUUCCAUAUAAUUUCAUUAUGGAUAAUUAUACGAUGUUCUUAAUGGUUCAGAAAUUUAUUGAGUAA